AUGGGAUUACCAGUUUUUUUAUAUAAUACUCAAGGGAUUAGAGACGGCGAGGAUGAUAAAGAAGAACAAAGAAGAGUGGACUUUUAUGCUAAGAGGAACUUUGUGGAGAAAAAUUUUGCAACGAAUACAAACGUGAAUCAAUCUCUUAUAAACAACGUUCUGCUUAAUAACUUUUUUAGGGAAAGCAUUAAUAAUAUUUUUCCAAUUGAUGAUGGUAUGAAUGAUAUAUUGAACAACUAUUAUAAUAACAACAAUGAUGCUUAUUAUAGAGAUAAUGAAAUUAAUGGUAGUGAAAUCAAUUAUGAUUUUAAAUUAAAUUCAAGAAAUGAUUGUAUAUUAUCAGAUGAAGUAAAUGAAUACUUAAAUAAAGGUUAUGAAAAUUUAAUUUAUCAAAAAAACAAUGAUGAAAAAUUUUGGAUUUAUUAUUAUAAUAAUUUCAUUGUUAGUGAUAUACUGUUUUUUGAUUUCAAUUCAAAUAUCACAUAUAAGAUAGAUGCAGAAACAUAUAGUAUUGAUAUUUCUAAAAUAUCAUUCAUUGAUUGUAAAUAUGUUGGCGGUAACUGCACUAAGUUAAUGGUUGUAAUAAGCAGUUUAUCAGGGGAACUAUACUUAUUUGAAAUUGAAAAUGGAAAUAUUAUUUUUAAAAAAUUUAAUAUCGGUCACAACACUAAGAUUUUAAAUGUGUGGUUAGGUUUAAUAGAUCAAAAUUUAAUUUUAAGUUUCAAUUUAAAUUAUGGUAUAAUUAUUACAAAUGUCAUGACUAAUAGAAACUAUGCAAUCCCAAUUGAAUGUCAAAAUUUGAAUAUUACCAAUGCAAAAAUAGAUUUCCCAGGUUUAACAAUAUUUAAUAGUUCCGAAAUUUAUUUUGUAAGUAAUUUCUUAGAUGCAACCGCUAGGGGGCAAAUAAAUGAAAUCAAAAUAAUGAAGAGAGAAAACGAACUAUUUGAAUCAAUCACUUACAAAAUGAUCUCAUCAAGACCAACAUUAUUAGUCGAAACUAAUCAAAGAUUAUUGUCGAUUUCCAAUUGUCAUACCUCAAUAAAUUCAAAUACAGUAAAUUGGUACAAAGAUACACACACAAUAUUACAGAAAAACAACUUAAUAACUAAUUAUGAAGAAAACGCCCCAAAAUAUCAAUAUUCAAUCCUAAAUGAUUUCUUAGUUGUAUGUGAAGACCAUCUAUACGAUACUACCUUAAUAAUUUAUAAAUAUUCUAAAAUCAGUAAUGAAUGGUUAUUCCUAGGGUUCACUGAUAUCAAAUCAAAAUUUAAUCUCAAAAAAAUCAAGAAUCUAAGCAUUACUAGGUUUAAUACAAAUUUUAUUAUUAACUUAUUAAAUGAUAAGAAUGAAAAAUAUGAAUUCGAUAUAAUAUAA